AUUUCCUUUUUGUAUAUCUGCAACUAGAAAUUAUAUUAUUGUUAUUAUUAUUAUAUAUGGUUUGAAAUCAUAUUUGUGGUGCGCCUUUUUUGUUCAAGAAUACUUGGAUGUUUUAACAGUCGCUUGCUCUGCAACUUUGUGGUUUUUUAUAUUUAAAUCGCCUUUGACAGGUUUGAUGACUGUUCCUCACCCGGUCCUGGACGGGGGCUAAAAAUAGGCCCGAAUUUUCAAAUUUCCCAACUGUCGUAAAAAUCUUGUUUACACUUUUUGCAGUAGGUAGAUGCCCGUACUUCAGGAGUAUAAAUUGCUGUUUUACAUUGCCGAAUAUUUUUUAUCUUAAAUUGUAUCUCGAUCGGUGUGGACUUAGAAAAAAAAUACACUGUGUGAUGAUAAGAUUUCGCGGAGUGAUGUUUAAUAAUACUAAUUGUUGUUUGUCGAGAUAAGGUUUGGAAGGUUACUUGAGAGUUGUGAGAUUACCUAUACUUAAUACAGUAGGGAUUUUUUUUAAAUAAAUGUGCUUAGAAUGUGUAGUACAUAUAGUUUCGUUGGUGUUUUGGUUGGUUUAAUAUUUGUGGAAGUGGCUUUGGCCGCAAGUGACAGAAAUAUAUGCGAAUAUCCUCUUUUCAACUUUACGACCAAGAAUACUGCCGAAUAUUGUAGAUUAAGAAAUAGUUUGUAUGAUAAGAAGUUAUGGAAUUAUUACGCCGGGUGUCAAUGUUACGUCUACACAAACCGGGCUAGAUUGAAAUUUCUCUAUCCGACGGCCUUAGAAGAAAUAAAUGUGGAUGGUGAAGUAGUUUACAUACCAGUAGCCAAUGUAACUGAUCUAAACCGGACAGCUACAUACGAUCACAGAAAGAAAACGGAUUUAAGCUAUAUCCGUAGAUCAUUCAAAAAUGAUGCAGUAUUUAAUAACUACGUGAGUUGCUGCAAGGAAGCAGAAUCUUGCUGUUUUGACGCAAUGACCAAUGGAAAUAUUAACAGUACAUCAACCCAUUGCCCAGCUAUUUGGGACGCCUGGACUUGUUUUCAUCCAACAAAAGCCAACACUGUUGCCAGAUACCCAUGUAGUAGUCAAGCCUAUCAGGCUCCGGAUGAAGUAUGUACUUUAGAAAGCGAAAAACAAUGCAUCCUAAACACAACGACUCAACUAGUAGAAUGGGUUCAGCAAACGGACUAUACAGUAUGCGCGAUUGCUCCAGUAUACACAAGAAGAUACAACUUUCACAUCAUAUUUUUGGGAAUAUGCAUUGGCUUCUGCGUACCUGCCAUUUGCAUAUUUUUCCUAUUCGAAAAAUUGAGGAAAACCAUCAGGGUCAUUCUCCACAGAAAUCUAUUAAUAGCCAUAUGCGUGAGAAACGUUUUUACAAUUUUAUCCAAAAAAUUGGUGAUUUUGGACCAACUGAAGUCGCCUCUAGAAAGUUCUCAUAGAAUGGAGCACAACGGAGUGGCGUGCAGGAUUUUGGCUUUUUUGGAAACCUCGUCAGUCAAUACCAUCUAUGCUUGUAUGUUUUUGGAUGCUUACUAUCUGCAUAAAGUUAUCGUUAGAGCUUUUGCCAAAGAAACCAAGAAAGUCUUCAUUUACUCAAUUUUAUUGGGAAUGACCUUUAUCUUCAGCUUGUGUUGGGCGAUAGCUAUGGCUGCUAAGAAGGCCGAAAACUGUUGGAUGGUGAACAUGGAUGGUCUGCAAUGGACUCUAGAUGGGUUCAGGAUAGCUGUGCUAAUGGUCAACACAAUUCUAUUGGCAGACAUUAUUAGAGUAAUGAUUUUAAAACUUAAACAUGGAAGCACCACCAAGCAAACAAUGGCAGCUUUCAGGGCUACCAUCUUCCUGAUACCGCUCUUUGGACUUCACAUAAUGAUAACAGCCAAAAAAAAUUGUCUAUGACAAUUCUUGCAAGGCUGAAGAUGUUUAUAAUUACGCAAGGUACUCCAUGGAAGGUCUACAGGGCAUCGUCGUCUCUAUACUAUUUUGUUAUGCAAAUAACGAGGUACGUAACGAGGUAAGAAAUGGUUACAGGAAGACUUGCAUUUAUUUGAAUCAGAGGUUUGGUUGGAACUUGGGUGGGGAUUUAUUGUACGACAAAAGAAGAGCGACUACGGCUACAUUUGUUCAAGAAGGUUAUCAGUAAAUCAUCUUUAGAACGAUAAAGAAAAAACAUUUUAUUUAUUAUCUUAUACCUAUAUAGAUUUAAAUUGAGUAUUACAAGUGUUUAAUUUAUUCAGUAUUGUAAAAUAAAUUAGUAUAAAUUGAUUUUUAAAUGCUUAAAAAGGUUUUUUAAUAUUUUAUUUAUUUUUUAUAUUUAUUUUUAAGAGAUUUUAAUAUUUACCGAAAAUGUACACCUAUAAAACAAUUUCAAUAAAGAAAUCAAUAAUU